AGUUGAUCAGUUCACAUACAACAGUCUAAACAGCAGCACCAACCUAGAGACGGGAAACAUUUGUAUCGUCACACGGAAAUGAUUCGCAUUCACAGUUUGGCCAUCAUUGGCCUAAUGGCAAUGAUCAGCUGCGGCAACGUUUUGGCCAAACAAGAUAGUUCAGCACGUCAGUUUGGUGGUCAAAACUUUGGUAAUGGCCUGGGACCUGUUGGCUUGGGCGGCAUCGGUGGCAAUGGCGGGUUUGGUGGCGGUAAUGCCAUCGGUCCCGGUGGCUUUGGCUAUAAUCCAGUUGGCUAUCCCCCACAACAGCAACAGCAGCCUCCUGGCUGUCCGCUAUGUGAUUCAUCCGUUUAUAGCUAUUGCUCACACAAGAUGAUACACGAUGCCUGUUGCUGCGAUUUUCCAGCUGCCACACCGCAGUUGCGUCCACAGCAAUGCAACUUUUACGAUUGUUCGCUACUCUAUGCCAAAUCCUGCUACGAACAUGCCCUCAUUAAGAACUGCUGCUGCAAUAAUCCCUACUGA